AUGGAUGACCUUGGUUCAUCAAGCGAGUUUGUAAAUUGGGUAGAUAUUAUAGAUGACGAUCCCAAUUUGGAGAACGACAUGGCUGAUGAUGAAGACAAUCGGCCAAGGUACACGCAAGAGGUCCUUGAGGAGUUAGAGGCAGCCUUUCAUAGACUGUUCAGAGUGCUUCAAGAGGUGAAUUAUACCGUACAACACUUGGAUCGAGUUGUGCGUAUUCCACAACGCACGUCUGCCUUGACGGGCCCAAUGUGGAUCCACUGGGUAUUGAGCAACCCUAACCCGAAUACAUGCUACGAGCGUUUUCGUAUGUACCCUCGCACCUUCAUGAAACUAUGCUCAACCUUAAAACAUAACGGUUAUCUCAGAAAUAGCCGCUAUGUUAAAAUCACAGAGCAAGUAGCAGCGUUUUGCUUAGUAGUUGCACAAGCACAAUCACAAAGGACUGUGGCUGACAGGCUGCAGCGAUCAACUGGUACCAUUAGUGCAUAUGCUAAUCGUGUAUGCAAGGCACUUUGCAGAUUGGGCAAGACGAUCAUCUCGCCUUGUAGCACCGAGAUUCCACAUCCUUACGUUGCCCGUGAUGUGCGAUUUAACCCGUGGUUUAAGUAUUGUCUAGGUGCUAUUGAUGGCACACACCUGAUGGCAUGCGUGACGAAUCACAACGACAUCCCUUUUAGAGGCAAAAGCUCCACCCCGACGCAAAAUGUGAUGUGCGUGACGAACUUCGACCUUUGCUUCACGUUCAUCUGCAGUGGGUGGGAGGGCAGCGCCCACGACGCACGAAUUUUUACUGAGACAAUAAACGAUCCAAACAUGAACUUCCCAACGCCGGACGAAGGAUAUUAUUAUUUGGUGGAUUCAGCUUAUGGUUGCUACAAGGGUUUCUUGCCCCCAUAUCGACAUGAAAGGUACCACUUAGAAGACUUUCGCCGUAGCCGAGCCCAACCCAGGAAUGGUAAAGAGUUGUUUAACCACAGACACUCUUCAUUGCGCUCGACGGUGGAACGGACGUUUGGGAUUUUGAAGAAUCGGUUCCCGAUUUUGGAAAAUAUGCCAUCGUAUGCGAUACCGGACCAACGAUUACUUGUGGUUGCGUGUUGUACUAUACACAACUUCAUCCGCAAAGACUGUGGGGAUAUUGAUCCAUUAUUCAGACACGCUAUGCAACAAAUAUACGGUGAAGCUUGGAUCGAUAUCUCACAACGGGUUAAUAUGCCAGGUGAAACACAUGUAACACCUGGACUCCGACCAGAUCAAUCACAGUCGAGUGCACAAUACAUGGGGGCAUAUCGGAACACAAUGAAGAAUUGCAUGUGGGAUUGGGUCCAUAGGGCAUAA